AUGCCGCGAUCAGUAGCAGGUCGAAUCCUUCUCUCGCUCUAUGCGCUUUUUCUGAUCGUGCUCGUGAUCGGGUUGCUCUUACCUGCGCAAGGGCGAAUGGGUCCGGUGCGGCCGUUGACUUAUUCGUCGGGUCUGCGAAAUUGGGUGUCCGGAAUCAUUACAAUCUACGACGAGCAAGGCGAAUUGCCGGAAACCUAUCACUUGCUGUUUCACGAGCGGUACGCUGGCGCAUACCCGGUCGCGUUCAAGCCCGGCUUUGCUUGUCGUGAUCAUCUGCACGGACAGGAUGAGUUCUACUUCGGACCGCAUGACUGUCGGAAAAUCGAAGCGUUCGAGACGUCCGCCGAAGCUCUGCGAAGCACGGCAAAAGCAUUAGGCGUCGGUGAGUGGUCCUGGGAACCGAUCACGGAUUUCUGGUUCUCUCGCGAUAAAAGAGAUUGGGAAGCGGGAAGUUCUGAGACGAUCGUUGCGAUGGGGCGCAUACGGGAUAAGAAAUACGGCACGCUCGUCUACUUCGCGUUCGCCGAUGGACAUAUUGAGUUUUCGGGCUUCAAGUAUGACCGCGAAGGGGCGGAGAUCCGUCGGAUUCUCGAUGUCGACAAAGCCGCCCGCGAACGCCUCGGCCUCGCCCCGUUCCCGCCGGAGUUCGAGUCGUGGCUGCUCACGGGCGAGCCGGCGAGCGUGGGGGACGGGACGUCGUGGAAGUUCCUGAUUCCGUGCGUGCUCAUGCUGUCGUGCGUGAUCGGCUUCCUCCUGAUCCCGCGGACCCGCAUUCAGUGCGGCGCGACGCUGAUCCAGAUCAGCGCUGAUCAGCGGGGAUGGGUGCUGGCGAUCCACGCGCACCUCGAACAAAGCGGCACACUCCCGGAGACCUGCCACGUGCUGGUCGGGGAUUCGAUCGACUAUUACCCCGGCACGACGCGUCCGUUCUGCAUGCUGCGGCGUGUUGAGGAGUACAAGUUCGGCACGAUCGAGUGCGAGGACAUCCUCGGCGGGAACGUGAACAGGACGGCGAUCCUUGAUGAGGCGAAGCGGCUUGGUGUCGGUGGAGCGUCGUGGGAGUACCUCUCGGGGUGCUGGUUCAGCCGGGAGGCGGACGCGUACCGGUCGAAGUCUGGGGAUGUGAUUGUCUCGAUCAAUCGGCAGCACCGGCGUGUGAUCGAGGACCCGUCCUUCCAUCUGUGCGUUGCGAGCGGUGCGGGGUGGGCGGUGCUGGAUUGCGAUCCGGAAGAGAUCGCAAGGCUCCUGGAGACCGAUCGCACCGCCCGCGAACGCCUCGGCCUCGCCCCGUUCCCGCCGGAGUUCGAGUCGUGGCUGCUCACGGGCGAGCCGGCGAGUGUGGGGGCGCACCCCCUCGACAUAAGUAUCCUCCCACUUAUGUCCAACAAAGAACCCGCUUACAGCCACACGAUUGUCUUUUUCGUCGCCCUGCUUCUCGCCGUCCCGGCGCAGAUCUACUGGCUCUCGAUCCAGAGCGAGGGGAUGGACGACGUGUCCGUCGGGGUGGGGUACGCGAUACGCGGGAUCGUGGCGCUCUUGAUCCCGAUGUUCACCGGGUGGGUCGCGUACAAGGUGAUGGGGCGGAAGCAGCAGGUCGGCACGAUCGCCGGGGUUUCCGCCGCGGCCGCGCUGGCGGCUGUCGCUCUGACGGGGAUCCUCGGCGCGGACGAUCCGGAAGCGAACCGCGACGUGAUCACGGAGCUGCGUUCCAGCGGGCAGGAGAUGGUGGCGGAGCACCAGCGGAUGAUCGAAGCCGGCGAGCCGAUCCCGAUCGGCGAUGAGAACAUCUCCCGGUCCCAGAGCGAGCGCCUCGCGAACGCGGCGGCGGGCUCGACGGGCGAUCAGAAGAAACUCUUCGAGGUGAUGAGCGCGAUCUACGAGGAGAUGGUUGAGGUCGAGGCCGUGUACGACCGGGCGCUGACCGGGCUGCAGGAGGAGGGCUGGUACGACGUGACGGCGGUGCAGGAUGUCGAGGAACUCCGGCAUCGGGUCGCGAUGACCGAGGAGCUGGCGGAGGCCGCUUCGGAUUGGGCGAAAAAGCAGCGGGCGUUCGCGACCCAGGUGCGCGAGCGGCUCGUCGCGGACGGUGUCAGCCCCGAGUUCGCGCAGGCGGCGGCACGGCCGUUGAUAGAGAUGCGCGGCGCGAGUGCGCGGACGCUGGAAGUCGACGUCGAAUACAUGGCGGCGAUGGGUGAGCUCUUCGGGUUCUAUAUCGAGAAAUGGGGCACGUGGGAAUACGACCCGGAGCAGCAGAUGCUCCUGUUCAGCACGGAUGAGGAUGUCGCGGAAUUGCAGGAGAUCUCGGGGCGUGUGGCCGAACUGGAACAGAAGUCCAGGGACGCGACCCAGGCGGAGCUGGAAGUGCAGAGCGCGAUCCUCGGGAAGCUGCCCGAGAACCGGCGCCGGCCGGUGCUGAUCCGGGAGCUGCUCUUCGCGCUCGUCGCGCUCGUGCUCUUCCUGUUCCUGGGCAAGUACAUCCUGGGCGUGCUCCACAUCACGCAGCCCGCGCUGCAGCUCGCGGGGGCGAUGAUCCUGCUCCUGCUCUCGAUCCCGAUGAUCUUCCCGUCGAUCCGGAUCUCGAUGUCGUCGGAGGACCUGGGCGAGCCGUUCAUCGUGCCGCUCGCGGUGCCGCUCUUCGCCGGGCCGUCGGCGCUGGCGAUGGUGAUGCUCCUCGGGAGCGGGGAGCAGGCGGACGCGUGGCCGACGUGGCUCGGCGCGGUGGUCAUCGCGUGGCUCGGGGCGUCGCUCGUGCUCAUGGUGGGCAACGCGCUGGCGUCCAAGCUCGGCAAGCGCGGGCUGGCGGCGCUGGAGCGGCUCAUGGGGAUGCUGCUUGUCGCGAUCGCGGUCGAGAUGGCGCUGUCGGGGUACGAGGGGUACGUGCUGCACCUGGACGAGGUGUGCCUUGUGAAGAGUCGAAAAAGCAAGAUCGACGAGUUCGCCAUGCCGCCGGGGGACCGGCCGCCGAUGGGCCCGGUUGCGCUCGCGUUGCACGUCGUGGGGGGCGUGGCGUUGUUCUUUGCGUGGGCCCUGACCUGCGCCGCUCACGUGGUCCGCGAGCUGGAGGCGUCGGAGUCCGCGGUCCUGUCGUCCUACGAGCUGGGCGAGAUCGUCGGCGGGUGCAUCGGCGCGCUGAUUGUCCCCGGGUUCAUCGUCAUGAUUUCGUGGGGCGUGGGUCACGCCAGCCGUCUCUUCGGGGCGUACGUCCUGCUCGUGCUCGCCCUGCUCUACGGGAUUGCGCGGAACACCCGGCUCGCCCGCGAGUCUUUACACUCACACCUCAUGGACGCCCUCCUCCUCGUCCUCGCCGCCGGCGCGUGCCUGCUCCUCGCGUACUUCACGUACGCCCGGUGGCUCUCCCGGCGCGUCUUCGAUCUCCGCGACGACGCGGUGACGCCCGCGACGGAACUCGAGGACGGCAGCGACUUCGUCCCGACGAAGAAGUCGAUCGUCUUCGGGCACCACUUCACGUCCAUCGCGGGGACCGGGCCGAUCGUCGGGCCGGCGAUCGCGGUGAUGUGGGGGUGGCUCCCGGCGAUCCUCUGGGUGGUCUUCGGGUCAAUCUUCGUCGGCGCGGUGCACGACCUCGGCUCGCUCGUCGUGAGCCUGCGGAGCAAAGGGCGGUCGAUCGGGGACAUCGCGGGCGACCUGCUCGGCCCGCGGGCGCGGCUCAUCUUCCUGUUCAUCCUCAUCAUGGGCCUGUGGAUCGUGCUCGCGAUCUUCGGCCUCGUCGUCGCGGCCGUGCUCCGCCAGUACCCCAGCGCCAUCACGCCGGUGCUCAUCCAGGUGCCGAUCGCGCUCGUGAUCGGGUUGGUGAUCCACCGCAAGGGCAAGUCGAUCGUGCUGCCGUCGGCCGUCGCGCUGGGGCUCAUGUACCUCUCGGUGAUCUUCGGGGACGUCGGCUUCCUGCACGAGGUGAACACGGCCCUCGCGGCACUCCCCACGUGGGCGUGGGUGGGGGCGCUGCUGAUCUAUGCGUACGUCGCGUCGGUGCUGCCGGUGUGGACGCUGCUCCAGCCGCGGGACUACAUCAACGCGCUGCAGCUCAUCACGUCGCUCGGGGUGCUGGUGGUGGGGCUGGUCGUCGCGGGGAUCCUGGGUGGGGCGCCGGACGGGGUGGGCGUGGUGGCGGCGACCGGGGGGGCGAGCGGGGAGGUGAUGACGGCGGUGGAGGAGACGCGCCGGGAGCUGUCGAUCGUCGCGCCGAUGGUGGAGUGGCAGCCGAUCGGCGCGCCGCCGAUGCUGCCGGUGCUCUUCAUCACGAUCGCGUGCGGGGCGUGCUCGGGGUUCCACUGCCUCGUCGGAUCGGGCACGACGAGCAAACAGCUCAAGAAGGAGACGGACGCGACGGCGGUGGGGUACGGCUCGAUGCUGACGGAGGGGUUCCUCGCGACGCUCGUGAUCGCGUCGUGCGUGGCGGGGAUCGGGCUCGGCGCGUCGCAGAAGCUCAUCUACGGAUCGCAGAUGAUGUCGAGCGACGGCUCGGGCGUGACCGAGAGGUCGCACUACAACGUCGUGCCGAUCGACGAUCGGACGACAGAGAACCCGGACGACGGGCUGUACGUCCUCGUACACAGGAGCGAUCGGUACGACGAGUCGACGCUCGAUAGCGCGACAUUAGCAGCGCCACCUCUGGAAAAGCCGACGAUCGAGAGCUUCGAGGUCUACCGGCACGAGGGGGAUGUCACGAGCUACGGGUCCAGCGGGACCAUGGACGGGUGGGUCUUCGAGAUCACCGAGGACGGUCGCGAGGGGCCGAUCGAUCCGGUCCUGAAGCUGACGGACGAACGCAAAGCGUUGUGGGUUCCCCUCCCCACCGGGCGGAUCCGCGUGGCCGAGGAUCACGCGUCGGUCCUGCUCGACGGCCCCGUCGCGUUCGAGAAGACGUACGCCUCCUGGCAGGAGGCCGGCUCGCUCGGCGCAAAGGUUGGCGCGUUCGUGCAGGGCUCGGCCAACCUCAUCGCGUCGACGGGCAUCCCGCGCCCCGUCGGGCUCGCGCUGAUGGCGGUGCUCGUCGCGUCCUUCGCGGGCACGACGAUGGACACGGCGUGCCGGCUCCAGCGAUACGUCGUGCAGGAAUUGAGCCGGACGUUCCUGCCCAAGCGGCUGGAGACGGACUGCGCGUCGUGCGGGUACGACAUGCGGGGGCAUUUGAAGGGGAUUGCGGGAAUUCGGGAUUUCGGGAUUCCGGGUGAUGCGAACGUGCCGAAUGAUGCGCCCCGGAAUGGCGAAUCCCGGAAUGGCGCAAUCCCCUCUUCCUGCCCCGAGUGCGGCACGAUGUUCGUCCCGUCGAAAGCGGCGGUGGGCGUGAAGCCGGAGGCGGCGUCCGUGUUCAACCCGUUCCGGUGGCUCGUGAGCACGCACGGCGCGACGCUCUUCGCGGUGCUCACGGCGUUCGCGCUCGCGGUGGCGCCGCCGCCCGGUCAGGCGUGGACGUUCGCGAACGCGGGGUCGGGUGGGCUCAUCCUCUGGCCGCUCUUCGGCGCGACGAACCAGCUGCUGGGCGGGUUCGCGUUCAUCGUGAUCACGUCGUGGCUGCUCGUGCGUCGCAAGCCGGUGUGGUUCAUCGCGCUGCCCGCGCUGUUCAUGCUCGCGGUGCCCGCGAGCGCGAUGACGUGGCAGGCGUUCAUCGGCAACGCGGAGAACCCGUCGUGGGUCACACAAGCGAACUGGCUCCUUGUGGUCAUCGCGUGCUUCACGCUCGCGCUCGAAGCGUGGCUCAUCAUCGAAACGCUCGCGCACUGGACGCUGCGCAACCCGUUCGAUGCGCUGCGCGAUGACGCGGAGUGA